AUGGAGACGGGGCAAGGCGGCCGCCGCAGUGUCACGAAUGGCCAGACACCCUCCCGUGUUGCAGAUUUCAUCGGGCAAGGGGACGACGUCGAGGUCUGCGAGCUCGACAAGUCAGGCAACACGCAGCGUCGAUGGCUUCAUCGCUCGGACAAUACAGUCACGAUCCUGGAACGCAAAAGCAAACCAGACAGCAUCCUCGACAGCUCCGUGCGAGAGUGGAAGAGAUUUCUCUGCGACGCCUUUCUGCCCAUUGGAUUCCCUCACUCCGUGUCCAGCGACUACCUCGCCUACCAGACCUACGAUUCCCUGCAGGCCUUCUUCUCGACGAUCACGUCCCUGCUAGCCAAUCGGGCCCUGCUCCAGGGCCUGGGGGUGGGAGACGCCGACUCGUCCGCCACGUUUGCCAUGCUCAUCACCAUCCUCAAGGACGCCACGUCCCGCGUUGCCACGAUCCUCUUCGCGCACCGCUUCGGCCUGCGCAUCGAGCCCGACGCCAAGCGCUUCCGCUUCCUGGCGGACAUCUUCAACGACACGGCCUUUUUCCUCGAGCUCUACAGCCCCUACCUCGGCGACUGCGGCAAGAUACUGGCCCUCUCUGCCGGGGAGGCGCUCCGGGCCCUGUGCGGGGUGGCGGCCGGCGCGAGCAAGGCCGCGCUGAGCGUGCACUUUGCCAGACACGACAACCUGGCCGAGUUGAACGCCAAGGAGGCCAGCCAGGAGACGGCAGUGGGCCUGGUCGGACUGCUCGUUGGUACGCUCGUGGUCAAGGUUGUGCAGGAUCACCAGAGCGUCGUCUACCUGAUGGUUGCUCUCGUCCUUGCCCACCUCUGGAUGAACUAUCUCGGCGUGAGGAGCGUUUGUAUGACGACGCUCAACCGCCAGCGAGCUACGAUCCUGUUCCGCGAGUACAUGAGCACGGGGCGCGUGCUUUCCCCGGAGGCUGUGGCGGCGCGCGAGAGCAUUGUCCUGUGGCGCCCUGUGGUGGGCAGCCGGCGCGCCGAAGGGGUCUGCAAGGUCGAGUUUGCCGAGAGCUACCAUGCGGCUGCUGCUGCGGGCAGGGCAGGCGGCCGGGUGAGGGUGGUAGAUGGGGAAAUGUACACCCUGUUCAUAACGGAGCCUCGCGAAGGCCGCGUCAGGGUCAUCAGAGUGCUGCUCUGGUUCGGGUGCGAGCCUCGGCACGCCGUGUUGGCGUGGUUCAGAGCCAUGGAGACGGCUUGGUGGAUGGACCCGGAGGGCGAGGGCGAGGGCGAGGGCGAUGGCGACCACCGCGUCGAGGCCUCGGCGCUGCGCGAGCAGAGGCACGCGGGUGACGAGGAGCUGUGGAAGUCACUGGGCCGAUUGGGCUGGGAUCUGGAGGCGCAGGCAUUUGAGACGAGCGCGCCGAUUCGACUGCGUGUACGGCGUGUCCAGACGGCUGCCCGCAAAGACCGGUAG